AUGAAUGUUCUAUAACGUUGAUGGACAAUAUAUUCAUUUUAGUUUCGUAAGAUAAAAUUAGCAGAAUUAUCCCUCGCCCUAUGUCCCAGAUAGAAUGUUUUUUUCCGCGGAAAAACGUCUUUUCCGGUUUUUAAUAAUAAAGCCUACGCAUGCGUGGUAAAGAUCAUACGAAGAUACGCCAUUGUUGCAAGGUGAUCGAAAAUCAGUUCAAAAAAUGUCGCAAAUAACGGAUGCUACCGGAUUGGCAGAGUUGGCUCAUGCCGAGUACCAGGCAGGUGAUUAUGAAUCAGCAGAACAACAUUGUAUGCAGUUAUGGAGACAGGAACCAGACAAUACUGGUGUUCUACUCCUGCUUAGUUCUAUUCACUUCCAACAGAGAAAACUAGAUAGGUCAGCCUAUUUUAGCCAGUUAGCGAUCAAACAAAAUCCAAUGUUAGCUGAGGCCUAUUCAAACCUUGGGAAUGUCUACAAAGAAUGUGGACAACUAAGGGAUGCUUUACAAAACUACAGAUAUGCAGUAAGAUUAAAACCAGACUUCAUAGAUGGUUAUAUCAACCUGGCUGCAGCCCUUGUGGCUGCAGGGGACAUGGAACAGGCAGUACAGGCUUAUGUUACAGCGCUGCAGUAUAAUCCCGACCUUUACUGUGUACGGAGUGACCUUGGUAACCUGCUGAAAGCUCUAGGAAGACUUGAUGAGGCUAAGGCAUGUUAUCUAAAAGCCAUCGAGACACAACCAAGUUUUGCUGUAGCUUGGAGCAAUUUAGGAUGUGUAUUCCAUGCGCAGGGAGAGAUAUGGUUGGCUAUACACCACUUUGAGAAGGCAGUGGCAUUGGAUGCAAAUUUUAUGGAUGCUUACAUAAACCUGGGCAAUGUUUUGAAGGAAGCAAGAAUAUUUGACAGAGCUGUGACGGCAUACCUGAGAGCUUUGAGUCUGAAUCAGAAUCAUGCCGUUGUCCAUGGUAACCUGGCCUGUGUCUACUAUGAGCAAGGUUUGAUAGACCUGGCUAUAGACACAUACAGGAAAGCUAUAGAACUUCAGCCAAACUUCCCAGAUGCUUACUGCAAUCUUGCCAAUGCCCUGAAGGAAAAGGGAAAGGUGCAGGACGCAGAAGAGUGCUAUAACACAGCUCUUACUUUGGCACCUAGUCAUUCUGAUUCCCUAAACAACCUGGCAAACAUCAAGAGAGAGCAGGGAAACACAGAGGAGGCAGUACGUCUGUACUUGAAGGCCCUGGAAGUGUUCCCAGAAUUUGCUGUGGCCCACUCUAACCUUGCCAGUGUUUUACAACAGCAAGGAAAAUUACAUGAAGCUCUUUUACAUUACAAAGAAGCUAUAAGAAUCUCGCCAUCAUUUGCGGAUGCCUAUUCUAACAUGGGAAACCUACUGAAGGAGAUGCAGGAUAUACAAGGUGCUAUGCAGUGUUACCAGAGAGCUAUACAGAUCAAACCAGCUUUUGCUGAUGCUCACAGUAAUCUUGCCUCCAUACAUAAAGAUUCAGGCAAUAUUCCCGAGGCCAUACAGUCUUACAGAACAGCUCUCAAGCUGAAACCAGAAUUCCCAGAUGCUUACUGUAACCUUGCUCACUGUUUGCAGUUUGUAUGUGAUUGGACGGAUUACUCUGCAAGGAUGAAGAAAUUGGUACAGAUUGUAGAUGAGCAGCUAGAAAAGAAUCGUCUUCCCUCUGUACAUCCUCACCAUACCAUGUUAUAUCCACUUAGCCAUCAGCAGAGGAAGGGAAUUGCUGGCAAACAUGCUAACCUUUGUCUUGAAAAGAUUAACAUAUUACAUAAGCCACCCUAUGAGCACCCGAAAGAUCUAUCGGCCAGUGGAGGACGACUUCGGAUUGGUUAUGUAAGCUCAGACUUUGGUAAUCAUCCGACAUCCCAUUUAAUGCAGAGUAUACCAGGACUGCAUGAUAAAGAUUCUGUUGAGGUUUUCUGCUAUGCAUUAACAGCUGAUGAUGGGACAAGUUUUCGUAGUAAAGUUUCUCGUGAGGCAGAACACUUCAUAGAUCUGUCUCUGAUACCAUGUAACGGUAAAGCAGCAGAUCGCAUCAAUUCAGAUGGUAUACAUAUAUUGGUCAACAUGAAUGGUUACACUAAAGGAGCACGAAAUGAACUAUUUGCAUUAAGACCUGCACCAGUUCAGGUGAUGUGGCUAGGUUACCCGGGCACCAGUGGAGCAUCCUAUAUGGACUAUAUCAUGACGGAUCGGUUCACCUCACCUCUAGAAUAUCACAGCCAGUACUCGGAGAAGCUUGCCUACAUGCCAGACACAUUCUUCAUAGGAGACCACAUGCAAAUGUUCCCACACCUAAUGGAGAAAGUGAUAGUGAAGCAGCAAGAGGGGGAGACUUUCCGAGAUAACAACAUCGUAUUGAACGGUAUCAAUCUGAAGGCACUGAAAGAUACAGCUGACAUACAGAAGACCACAAUAAGAUGUGCCCCAGGUGAGACAUGUGAUGAGGAGAAUGGAGAGCCUGGUACAGUGACGUACGAGACUGUGGUUCUUCAAGUUGGUGCUGUACUCACACAGAUGAUCCAGACUGGACAGUCGCACGCUUCAAUCAAUGAUAUACCUGUACAAAGUGGUGUUACAACACAACAGACAAACAACAAGACUGCAUCAGGAGAGGAGAUACCUCAAACCAUUAUUAUCAGUGCUAGAUGUCAGUACAGCCUACCUGAAGAUGCUGUUGUGUACUGUAACUUUAACCAGCUGUAUAAGAUAGAUCCUGAUACACUCGACAUGUGGUUUGAAGUUCUGAAGAAUGUUCCAAAUAGUGUACUUUGGUUGCUACGGUUUCCAGCUGUAGGGGAGCCAAACGUUUUACAGACAGCCAAAAAUGCAGGAUUAGAUUCAAGCAGAGUUAUAUUCUCUCCAGUAGCUCCUAAGGAGGAACAUGUACGUCGUGGACAGUUAGCUGAUGUAUGUCUGGACACGCCACUCUGUAAUGGUCACACAACAGGAAUGGACGUUCUGUGGGCUGGCACACCUAUGGUCAGUUUGCCGAAGGAAACACUAGCUUCAAGGGUAGCAGCAUCACAGUUAAAGGCUCUCGGUUGUCCUGAAUUGAUAGCUAAAGAUAGAGAGGAUUUUAUCAACAUAGCUUCAAAACUUGGAAAUGAUAGAGAAUAUUUACAUGCAGUGAGAGCAAAGGUAUGGAAAGCAAGAAUUACCAGUCCACUUUUCAACUGUGAGACAUAUGUUAACAACAUGGAAAUCCUGUACUGGCAGAUGUGGAAACAUUACUCUGAGGGUUUUGCUCCAGACCAUAUCACACAAAUGAAUUAACUAUAGUAAUGUCUCAAGCUACUAUAGUCUAUAUAGUGAGGAUGUUGCUCCAUUUAUUCCUGUAUACUGUGUAUGGGAGUAGUCUAUUCUGAAACCAGUAUGAGAAUAGCUUCGCGUUACAAUGAAAGCGACAAGUGAUACCAUUUGAAAUGAGUAGGAAUAGCUCAACUUUAUACCAUACAUGAUAUAGGAGUGUUUCCUAAUACUACUAAACAAAAUAUGGGAAUACUUUAAGUAAACAUACAAAAUUUGGGAAUAAUUCACAUAAACAUACGGAAUUUGGUAGAAGUCCCAGUUAAUACUGACAGUAUAAAAUAUCACAAUAGUUCCAGUUAUACAAAUAAAUUUGGGAAUUGCUGUUGUUAAUACUGUAUUAAAUACAGGAAUAGCUUCAGCUAAUGUUAAUCAAAGUAUUGGAAGACUCGCGAAUUGCAUAUGGGAAUACCUCAAGUUGGUGGUAUACAAGGUAUGGGAAUAGCUACAGUUAAAACCUUAUUUAGUAUUAGAACAGCUACAGGUAAUACUUCUCAUUAUUGGGAAAAGUUGCAAGUAAUGCUAUACGAAAUAUUGGAAAAGUCCCAGGUAUUUCCUUCUAAAAUGUGAGAUUUGCUUCAGUUACAGGUGCUCACUUACCUUGUUUCAGAUAACGUUCCACAAGUUUGGAAAUGUAAAAACAAAAGUUUUUUCCAGUUAAACAAAUUGUUCGUAAUGAACUAGAAGAUUUAUGUUCAGUAUGAAAUGUUAUUGCUAGACAUGAUUUUAGGAGACUGCCAGUAUUUUUAACUAUCACAUGAUGUAGAUAAUGGUGAUCAGGUUUGAGUGAGGGGGUGGGGGUGCAGAAUUGAGAAUUUUACGGCUGUUUGUUAGUGCUAAAUGAUGUAUGAUUUUUUUUCUUGAAUGUGUUUGAUUAUAUUUGAUUUUCAGUGUUCUGUAAAUUAUAAUUGCAAAGAUUUGUUUGUAUAUUUGUUGAAUCAAUGAAUGGUUUGUACAUAAAGUUUCUGUAUUUGAUUGUCACUAAUGAAUAUAUAAUCACAGAAAAUCCUAUUUUCAGUGUUUUUUAAUAUUUAAAGGUUUAUGUGAAAAGAUGUAUAUAUAUAUUUUGCAGUUUUUUGUUUUUAAUGAUUUUUUAAUUGAGUCGGCUAAACGCUGUCAAGGGUUUGACGAGUCCUUGCUAUCACACGAUUUCUCAUUCUUAAAUGGCCUCACAACACAGCGAAGUGAUGUAGUUCCAUUGGAUUGUCUGUAAUUUCAAAGAGUUCAUUGAUCGAAUGAAGUUCAUUUAUGUCAAUCCUAUUUGCUAUGACCAAUAUACGAUGUAAUCUGUCAUAUUUAUGACAUGUAAUUGUGCAGUACUCGAAUAAAGCCACGUAUUUUCUUCCGCGGUAACUCAUUAAGCAUAAACACGCAUAACGAUUCUGCGGGAUUUGGUAAUACAUUUGCGCAUAUGAUUAUGGUGACGAAUUUUAUGCCCUUUUGUCACAAAAUAGAAAAUAUGAUGUUCACAAAUUCAAAUAAAAACUGCAUAUUAACUUAUUAGCCAAAUUUUCCAUUUGUUACCCUGUCCGUUUCAAAACAUAAUCUUUAAAAUCAUUGCGCAAAUAACAAAUUUAUUGUGCUGUGCAUUUUAUGAAUUGCGCAGGCUUACAAAGCUUGCGUAACAUCCAGCGAAAGACAAAAUAUAAUUUCAGAACAUACUGCUAGUAUUUUAUUGAGUGGGUACCUUUGAAAGCAUUGGAAUGUCUCUUAUCAAAGAGUUUACCACAUCGAUGAAAUUAAAUUAUGACAGCUUCAUUUUAAAUGACCCGUAUAAGAUAUCUGCAGUACGUUAAUUCUUCCGCGAGACUUCGCGGAUGAAUCCUAACUACAAUCUGGACACUUCUCGGCGAACACGCGUGACCUGUUUAUAACUUUGCGUGGGUUGAAUUUUGCUGUCAGUAAACGGAUAAAUUAUCGGAAGAAGAAGCUCUUACUGGUUUGUUUAGUUACUACUGAUAUUAAAAAUGAUAUUAAUUCUUAUUUUUCAAGAAAUAAACAAAUCGGCGAAACAUUAAAUUGUAUUUUCUUGUAGUUUUUGAAAUCGAAAGUAGAUCGUCUAUGUUUGGCUGCUUUGACGAAACGAAACAACUUUUUUAUGAAAAGAUUUAAAUAAGAGGUAAUUUAACCGUAAACUUCAAUGUCAGAUACUGACAAUUGCUGCUAAAUGUCUUCGUAUCAUCACAAUUUGUAAAAUAUAUUGUUGAAACUGGAGAAAAGUGUAAUCGUAUCAGGAUAUAAUAUUUUGGGUAAAUAUCGAGCUGUGUUAUGAAAUUUUAACAUUCAAGUAACAUACAUGAUAGAUAUUAUUGUAACAGAAAUGAUUCUAGAAUUUAUUUUUAUUACACCUACAUAUAAUCUAUGUCAGACUCGUAUUCUAGUCCUGAGGCAUGAUCUGAAAGUAAAAAGAUGAAGUGACAGUCAUACUUUGGAUAUUGUAAUACUAGAAAGAAUCUAGAUCGUAACCUUUCUGGAACUUUGACUGGUUUGAAUAAUUUGCUUACGAUUCAGGUUCGCAAAAAAAUGAAACCGUCACCCAUUCUGCUUUUCAUGAUGACACAUGGCUUGAUUUUUGCAGUCAGUAAGCGGAUAAAUUAUCCCAAGAAAGAGCUCUUACUGAUUUGUUUAAUUACUACUGAUUUUAAUAAUGAUUUUAUUUCUUAUUUUUCGAGAAAUAAACAAAUCGGCGAAACAUUAAAUUGUAUUUUCUUGUAGUUUUUGAAAUCGAAAGUAGAUCGUUAUGUUAGAGUGCUUUGACGAAACGAAACAAUUUUUUUAUGAAAUGAUUUAAAUAAUUUCACCGUAAACUUCAAUGUCAGAUACUGCCAAUUGCUGCUAAACUGUCUUCAUAUCAUCACAAUUUGUAAAACAUAUUGUUGAAACUGGAGAUUUUGGCGGUAUAAAAGAAAGUGUAAUCAUAUCCGGAUAUAAUAUUUUGGGUAAAUAUCGAGCUGUGUUAUGAAAUUUAAACAUAAAAGUAACAGACAUGAUAGAUAUUAUUGUAACAGAAAUGAUUCUAGAAUUUAUUUUUAUAAUACAUACAUAGAAUCAAUAUCAGACUUAUAUUCUAGUGCUGAGGCAUGACCUGAAAGUAAAAAUAUGAAGUGACAGUCAUUCAUACUUUGAAUAUUGUAAUACUAAAAAGAAUCUAGGUAAUAUUUAGAAAUUGAAACAUAAAAUUUUCAGUUAGAAAUCGCACCAAAGGCUGUAUCAAGGGUCUAACUUUUCAAAAUUUCCUUGUGGUGAUACCCCAAACCCUACUUGCAGGAGGGGGUAUCCUCCCACACCCUUCCCCCAUAUUGCCACUUUACAGUUUGAUACAUUUGCCCUUUUACCACCUGCCACAAUGCCCAUUUCAAAAUCUGACUGCAGUUCAAAGCGGGAAGGAACACCCCUCCCCACACCCACCCUGCUACCGACCACGUAAAAAUGGCUCAAACAUUUUUUCAGCCCAGUCUGGGCCUGUCUGUCUACAUGAAUCAAAACGGAUAAUUGAAAGUUCAUAGACUUGGGGACUACUGACAUGGUUUUGAAGGGGUUAACAGGUCUGAAAUAGAAUAAAUGAUGGUUUUAACUAAAAAAGAACUGCAUUUAUUAAUAUUGGUUAUCUUUUCCGAAAUUGGUAGCUAGUCCGAGUAACUUCUCUUAGUUUCGAAUGCGCAAUUUUCCUGUCAGUGUAAACAUUCAUAACACUAUAUAUUGACACUCGGCAACAUUUACAUAUCUUUAAACGCAAAAGUAAGUAUACUUUAAAUUCACAUCCCUUAUAAUAUGAUUGAACAAUACCUAGCGUGUGACACGGUUAUUGCCAGGCCCCCUAUCUGUAAAAUAUCUGAACAGUUCUUUCGUCCAUCCGUUACAAAUUGUAUGUGGCAAUCCGCGCUAUAAAAUUUCAAUAUAUAAAUUUUCAUAUUCAAAUUUUGUCAUGUGCGAAUAUAUACCAGCCGAUAAUUGCCUGUUUUGGUAAUGCCGGUGGCAAAUGUUUACUGGAAAAAUAUUUAUAGUCAUGGGCAGUAUCUUAGUGUCACCUGUCAAAGUGUAGUUUGUACUUUCAACAUCUUUUUUAGCUCACCUGAGCACGAAGUGCUCAAAGGUGAGCUUUAGUGAUCACCCUGUGUCCGGCGUCCGGCGUCCGUCCGUCGUCAACAAUUUGACUGUUAACACUCUAGAGGUCACAUUUUUGGCCCAAUCUUAAUGAAACUUGGUCAGAAUGUUACCCUCCAUAAAAUCUUGGACGAGUUCGAUAUUGGGUCAUCUGGGUUCAAAAACUAGGUCACCAGGUCAAAUCAAAGGAAAAGCUUGUUAACACUCUAGAGGUCACAAUUUUGACCCAAUCUUAAUGAAACUUGGCCAGAAUGUUACCCUCCAUAAAGUCUUGGACGAGUUCGAUAUUCGGUCAUCUGGGGUAAAAAACUAGGUCACCAGGUCAAAUCAAAGGAAAAGCUUGUUAACACUCUAGAGGUCACAUUUUUGGCCCAUUCUUAAUGAAACUUGGUCAGAAUGUUACCCUCCAUAAAAUCUUGGAUGAGUUCGAUAUUGGGUCAUCUGGGGUCAAAAACUAGGUCACCAGGUCAAAUCAAAGGAAAAGCUUGUUAACACUGUAGAGGCCGCAUUUAUGACUAUAUCUUCAUGAAACUUGGUCAGAAUGUUAAUAUUGAUGAUCUUAAGGUCCAGUUUGAAUCUGGGUCAUGUAGGAUUAAAAACUAGGUCACCUGGUCAAAUCAAAGGAAAAGCUAGUUAACACUGUAGAGGCCACAUUUAUGACCAUAUCUUAAAGAAACUUGGUCAGAAUGUUUAUCUUGAUGCUCUUUAGGUCAAAUUUAAACCUGGGUCAGCUUCGGUCAAAAACUAGGUCACUAGGUUAAAUCAAAGGAAAAGCUUGUUAACACUGUAGAGGCCACAUUUAUGACUAUAUCUUCAUGAAACUUAGUCAGAAUAUUAAACUUGAUGAUCUUUAGGUCAGGUUUGAAUCUGGGUCAUGUUGGGUCAAGAAUUAGGUCAUGGGGGCAAAUCAAAGGAAAAGCUUGUUAACACUCUAGAGGCCACAUUUAUGACUGUAACUUCAUGAAACUUAGAAUGUUAAACUUGAUGAUCUUUAGGUCAAGUUCAAAUCUGGGUCAUGUUGGGUCAAAAACUAGGUCACGGGGUCAAAUCAAAAGAAAAGCUAGUUAACACUGUAGAGGCCACAUUUAUGAACAUAUCUUGAUGAAACUUGGUCAGAAUGUUAAUCUUGAUGAUCUUUAGGUCAAUAGGUCAGGUGAGCGAUACAGGGCCUUCAUGGCCCUCUUGUUUUUUUGCGAACCACUCGUCAAUUUUAGAGAAAUAUAUUGGGUUUAAAUACUUGUAUAAUGUCAAUCAAAGUUUUACUAGGCAUCGAUUGAAUGUCCAUUUCAUCUAUUGUAACAAAAUCUCUGUUCAGUUGGGGAAAAAAGCUAAAACCAACUUGAAACUGGUAGACUAUACUACCAGUACAUCAAUCAUUAGCUGACUCUCAGGCCCUUCAGGCCUUUGAUUAUUUCAUAUUGUGCCAUUGUUCAUAUAGCAUUGAUUGUAAUCUGAACCUUGAUGUUUGACCUCUUAGAUCAGUUACUGUGAUUAGUGUCUGAGCCAGGCAGUAGUGUGUAAUAUUUAACUCCCAAUUAUUAAGGGCAGUACAUGUGUAAAAUUUUGAACAGGUUGAAUUUAGUAGGCACUCUGCGAGGUUUUAUAAACUGUAAAAUUUUGUAAUUCUGCUACUGCUUCUAACAAAGAAAGAAAUCAGUGGUAUAAAUGUAGCAAAAGAGUAUUUGAAUUGAAAUACUAUUUAUCCUUUGAUGAUGUCAAUUCAUGAACUAUGAUAAACUGAGGACAGAAAGGCAAAAGGAUUGGUAACUUUCUAUAUGAAGGGAAAAAUUGUGUGAGAGGGGUUGACUUUUAUCUUCAGUUUUAUUGAAAAUUCAUUUUUGUAUGUUUAGUUUCUAUAGGAAUGUUCUGAAUUCAUAAACACAGGUAAAGUGCAGCUUGCGAACUUUAGCCUUGAAUGUUGUGUAUGCAAAGUUUACAUUUUUUUCAUUAAUUACAUUAGAUAGUGUGGAAAGGGUAUAAUUUUUAGCAGUCUCAAAUAACCGAAGCCCGUCAACUUAGCUGAAAAGGGCGAGUUCUGCUGAUCAGGAAUCGUGAUUUAAAAAUUGUGUCUGAAGUCAUUUCGUCCUCCACCUCUGAUUCAUGUGGAGAAGUUGGCAGUUAUUUGAGAUGUACAGGUUAAUACUGUUUCAAGUCCAGGGACUCUGAUCAGGUAAUAUGCCCGUCAUUACAUAACCGAAAUACUGUUUAAAAAACAGCGCAUAACUCUUAAAUAAAUUUUUAAAAGAUCAAAACAAAUAACAGGCAACUAAACUGAAGUCGUUGUGUGAUUUCUUGCUGAAACUAGUCUUGUAUAAAAAAUACGGAUGUAUGUUUAUAUCACCUGUAUAGAAUUUCAGAAAAUGAUUCUACAUGAAGUCAGUUUUGCAUUAUCUUCAGAUACAAAAGAUUUUCAUCUAUAAAUAACCAUGAGUAGUUGCAAAUUCUGUGUUUAUAUGUACUAGAGUUUGAUAGAGCAUUUGGUUGUUCCAUUAUUUAAAUUGUAUGUACAGUUACUAUAGACCAUUGUGUUCACAAAUUCUUCCUGUUACAUUGCUCUUUUAAGUUAUUGUGUGUUACACUGUUACUGUAGAUUGCUAUGUUACAUUAUAAAUCUAGAUCAUUGUUACAAAACUGGUUAUCCAAAAUAUGAUGUCAUUUUCUCUCGGGCUGAAACCAGUCACUAACUGUCCAGAACAUAAAUCCUUUGCAUUUGUUUUCAAAAAUUGAAGAAGAAAAAAGAUAAAAAUAGACAAGAGAUAUAUUAAUAUUAGACCUUGUUUUGCACAUAGAGGUUUGAGGCUACAGUAUGAUAAUGAAACUUAUUAAAAAUUCAAACUGAUAACAGUUUACUUGCUUUUUAGAGAAAGACAUUUAUACGCUACUUUUGAAUUUAUAUAUGAAUUCUUUGAGUAGGUUUAGUUAUUUUAUAAGCACAUAUUAAUGAGAAAUAAAAGCGCAUAACGAGGGCAUUAGUUAUCCGGCAAGUUGUGACUUAGUAUUUCAAAUUGCUUGCAGAGGAUUGUACAGAAAUUUUACCAGUUACUUCCCAAUAGAAAAAUUAAGCUGAAUGUUUAACUUACAUAGACCUUCUAAUUAAACACUUCGUAAUUGUUUGUAUACUAUGAUUGAGAGCAGUAUUACAAAUUAAGUGGGGUAUAUAUUGCUGAAGUUUUAAGGAUGUCUGUAUUUAUAAAUGUUAACCAAUUUGUGUUAUAGUUAACAAUCCUCUGUGUGUGUGUCAGUUGAAAUUGUAUUGAAUGCUUUUAUUACAUACAGUCGUGAUUUACAUGUAACUUUAACCUUUUAAUUGGUUUAUUAAGUUUUGCUUCCUUUAUUAAGCAUGUAGUGGUUGAGAGAAAAUACAGAAAUAUGGUUUA